ACGCCAACUAACCAGGUAUAAAAUAAGUGUAUAAGUGGUUGCCUGACAUCGAAAAAAUGGCUCAUUCGCAAAUUCGUCAAAAUUUUCAUAAAGACUGUGAAGAUGCAAUAAAUAAACAAAUUAACGUCGAGUUGAAUGCUUUUUACACGUAUCUGUCAAUGGCUUAUCAUUUCCAAAAGGAUGAUGUAGCCCUUCCAGGACUGCAUAAAUAUUUUAAGGAUUGUUCAGACGAAGAACGCGGCCAUGCCUAUAAACUCAUGGAGUAUUUGAAUAAAAGAGGGGGUCAUAUAGUUUUGACGGAGAUUCCAGCUCCUGAAAAACAGGACUGGGGGACAGCACAAGAAGCAAUGUGUUCGGCUCUAGAACUUGAAAAAAAAGUUAAUGAAAGCUUAUUAGUGUUGCACAGUACCGCUUCAGGUCACAUGGAUGUCAAUCUGUGUGACUUCCUGGAGACACAUUACUUGCAAGAACAAGUGGAUGCCAUUAAAGAAAUCGCAGAUCAUGUGACUAACUUGAAGCGCGUUGGGGAAGGUCUAGGGGUGUACAUGUUUGACCGCACUUUGGGUGACAAUGAGUGAUUUUUUGAAUGCUUGGUAGCACCUAUACGUUUCCAAUAGUUUAGAAUCGUAUAAUCAACCUGUACUUAUAUUUAUAAAUGUUACAGAGAUAUAUGCAAAAAAUUAAAGUAAGUUUGCAAAUAUUUCUAGAGAAAAUAAUAUAUUAUGAUGUUUACCACGGUGUGAUAAUGGAGAAUGUUGAUUGAAAUAACAAGUCCGAGGACUGAUAGAAUUUCAUGCUUACACUGAAAUAUUUUUUAAAUGACUUUUAGCACAGUAUAUAAGUGCUUAUGUAAUCUUCUAAAAUGUGAUGAAUAAAACGUCAAUUAUCAA